AUGAGCCGCCGAUCUAGUCCUGGAGAGAGUGUGGCCGCUGCCCACCGCAACAUCACCACUCCUCAGUCGAGAUCCUGGGUUGUUCCAGGAGCUGAGGACUGGCUGCCAAGAGUUUCCGGGAACCCAGCCCGGGCCACUAGCCUGGAGACAGAGCCCCAAACACAUCUGGAGCUGAGUGAAGAACAGCAGUUGCAGAUUUCUAAGGAGCUAGUUGACCUGCAGAUCGCAACCCAUCACCUGCGUGAACAGCAUGAGGCUGAAGUCUUUGAGCUGAGGAGAGAAGUUCUUCGACUGGAAAGUCGGGUGCUAGAGCUGGAAAUGCGCGGAACUGGUGCCUGCCAGGGACAGACAGUCCAGCCAGCAGCCAAUCCAGGGCAAUACCAGGUGUCACCACAAGAGCCAUCGGGAGGCCAGCAGAGGCUGCAGGAGGAGCUGAAAUGGGUUCUGGAGCAUCACAGAGUCAGGCAGCAGGCACUGGAGACACAAGUGAGAGCCCUAAGUCGGCAGUUGCAGGGAGCCCGAGAGGAAGCCAGGACAGCUGGUCAGCAACUGGCUGCCCAAGCCAUGGUGCUGUCCUCCUGUAAGGACCAGCUCCGGCAGGCUGAGGCUGAAAACGCUCAGCUGCAGCUUCAGCUGAAGAAGCUGAACGAGGAGUACGCCGUCCGGCUGCAGCGCUAUGCCAAAGAGACAGCGGAGACUUCCAGUAGCACAAAUCAGGCAUCUCUCCAGGCUUUCCUGGAGGCUGCUCUGCAGGACAUUCGGGCCGCACACAGAAGCCGAGAGCAGCAGCUGGCUCAAGCAGCCCGGGCCUACCGCAAGCGCCUGGCAGAUCUGAACCAGAGGCAGGAGUUGCUGCUAACCACCUGCAGGGCUACUUUUGCCACAGCCAUCAACCUGGAGCCAUCACCCUUGCACUGGGCCGCUGAACUCAGCCACCCAAGGGAAAAUGAGUAUGGCCCAUACAGGACACUGCUACUGUACCCAGAGAAGGGAUCUGGUGAAGCUUCCAAGGAGGACAAGUCACAGCCACUGGCCCUAGACACUGCAUCCUGGGUCCAAAUCCAGCAGAAGCUGCAGGACUUCUCCCAGGACACCCAGGCAGAGCUAGAACGGGAACGGGCACAGCUGAUGGUCCGGGCCACCAUGGCAGAACAGCAGCUUUCUGAGUUACAGGAGUAUGUGGACCAGCACUUGGGCAGGUACAAGCAGGAAAUCCUGAAACUGAGGAAGUUGGCGAAUUCAGGAGAUUCCCAAGGAGUAGAAUCUAUGCCUUCCACUAGGCCCCGGCGUCCAAGGACUCGGAGUCACUAGGUGUCUCCCAGAAAAUGCUCAAAUCAAAUCUCUCACAGCCAGCAUGGAACCCUCUGGACGCCCACCCCCAGAAGUGAUUCCCAGAAUAUACAAAAGGCAGAAUUGAA